AUUGUCCAAAACAACCUCAAAAAACAGAUAGAGCUAGAAAUGGUGACUCGUGUACUGUUUGAACUUUUAAAAACCAUUCUAUGCAGGCAUUUUUAGCAGCAUGGAAAGCUGCAUGCGAGAGUCCAGGAGCUACAUUGGAAAUACCAUCACAAUACAAGUUUCUUAUCAAACCCAUAACUCUAAAUGGCCCUUGUUUGCCUCAGCUUGUUCUUCGGCAGAUUGAUGGAGCUGUAUUGGCGCCUCCAAAAGUAAGUUCAUGGCCCAAAUCCAGCUUGUUUCAAUGGCUGAAUUUCAAAUGGCUACAUAAUUUCACCAUUCAAGGCUCUGGUACUGUGGAUGGCCAAGGCUUUAAUUGGUGGACUCUCUCUAGAUUCUACAAUAACAAAAAGAAGUUGAAGCACAUUCCAGAUAUGAAGCCUACUGCUUUAAGAUUUUAUUCCAGUUAUAAUGUGACAGUUCGUGACAUCACCAUAAUAAACAGUCCACAAUGCCAUCUGAAAUUUGACAACUCCGGCACCGUCAAAGUUGACAAUCUCACCAUUUCUUCGCCGGAGAACAGCCCCAACACCGACGGUAUUCACCUGCAGAACACACAAGAUGUCGAGAUUCAACACUCCAACAUUGGCUGUGGAGAUGACUGUGUUUCCAUUCAGACUGGUUGCUCCAACAUCCACAUUCAUCAUAUCAAUUGUGGCCCUGGACAUGGCAUAAGCUUAGGCGGACUUGGGAAAGAUAAAAGUGCUGCAUGUGUCUCCAAUAUUGUUGUCCAAAACAUCUCAAUUCAAAACACUCUUUCAGGAGUGAGAAUCAAGACCUGGCAGGGAGGAAUUGGGUCAGUGAAGAAUGUAUCAUUUUCAAACAUCCAAGUUUCUGAUGUAAAGGUCCCAAUUAUGAUAGACCAAUAUUAUUGUGACAAGUACAAAUGCAAGAACCAAACAGGAGCAGUUGCAAUUUCAGGCAUAACAUACGAUCAAAUCAUAGGCAGUUACACAGUACAGCCUAUUCAUUUAGCCUGUAGCAGCCAAAUCCCAUGCGUAGACGUUGAUCUCAUUGACAUCCAGCUGAAGCCAUCUUCAGAAUCCAGAGACUUUCAAAGCUCCUUAUGUUGGAAUUCUUAUGGUAAAUCUCAAGCCCCACUUCUUCCUACUAGCAUAGACUACUGCCUGAGAAGGGGUAGCGGCGCUGUUAGGAGAAUCGCAAGGUCCCAUGAUCAUGUCUGCUACUAAUUCUCUGUGUUUUCUCUGCCCUCUUUCUGUUUUUUCUUUCUUUAGCUUCCCUUCUGCAGUUUUUUCUUUAUUUUUUUGGAAAAUGUAGGAAGGUGAUGAUUGUAAAAGCAUUUAUGGUUGUUGGCUUUUUUUGAAUCCAUCAGUAAUUCAUUUCCCAAUUAGUACAAACAAAGUGACUCAAAA